CAGGGGCGGACUGACCAUUUGGAAACUCGGUCACUGCCCGAGGGCCCGGGGUCAGUAGGGGGUCCCAUGAGAUGCCCCUGGUACCUUUUUCAUAGGCUUUUUUGAGUUUGGGCAAGGACACAGGGGCCCCAUGAUCCCCUAUUGCCCAGGGGCCCCAUGAGUUGUCAGUCCGCCCCUGGUAUGUAUAGAUGUUUACACUAUUAAUUUGUUUAUGACUUCAUCAUAUAAUUAGUAGCUGUGCGGUAUCUUACCACAU